AUGUACCUACCUACGGGUCUAAGACUAGCUCUCUUCACUUUUGAUUGCCGACUGGUGCCGAGUCCUACCCGAACCUUUCCGAACAACAACCCCUCACGACCCGGAAGCACGCGCUCACGGGGAUUGACACAUUCACUUCCGGUCGGGUUGGGAAACAGGAGCCACCGGAGUAGGAGGAGGAGGCCUGGAGCUUAGCGAGCCGCUGCUGGGGGAAAUGGGAGCCAUUUAAUCGGGAAAACGCUGUCUUUAAAAAAUAAAAAUUAAAAAGCAAGAAAUGGACAACAGCAGCAGCUACAUAGAAUUUGAUGUGCCAGAGUACAGCAACACUGUCCUGAGGCAGCUCAAUGAACUGCGCCUGCAAGGGAAGCUGUGUGACAUCAUUGUCCACAUCCAGGGGCAGCCGUUCAGGGCCCACAAAGCCGUCCUGGCGGCCAGCUCCCCCUACUUCCGGGAUCACUCUUCCCUGAGCACCAUGAGCGGGCUGUCCAUCUCGGUCAUCAAGAACCCUGACGUGUUCGAGCAGCUGCUCUCCUUCUGCUACACCGGGCGGAUGUCUUUGCAUCUGAAGGACGUCAUCAGCUUCCUGACGGCGGCCAGCUUCCUGCAGAUGCAGGCUGUCAUCGACAAGUGCACCCAGAUCCUGGAGGGCAUCCACUCGAAGAUCAGCCUCCCUGGAGGGGGAGGAGAGGGAGACGCCACCAUGUGCAGCAAGGAGAGCCCGCAAGGCAUCCGCAACGGGGUCAAAGACCGCAACCUCUUCAUCAACCCCAUUGAGAUCUCUCCGCCUUACUUCUCCCGGCAGGCCAACGUGUCCUCCAGCGACUCCUCCAAGCUGGACUCCAUGUCGGGGAAGAGCCUGAGGCUCCGGCUGCAGGAGGAAGGGCAGUCGGACCGGGGGAGCAGCGGGAGCGUCUCGGAGCAAGAGACCCCAAUGGAGGGAGACCACGAGCAGGUGGAGCUGAUCGGCCGGGAUGGGCAGGUGACGGAUAUCAAGGUGAAAAUGGAGAAGUCGGACCGGCCCAGCUGCUCGGACAGCUCUUCGGCGGGAGAUGACGGCUACCACACGGAAAUGGUAGAUGGCGAGCAGGUGCUGGCGGUCAGUGUGGGCUCUCACGGGCCCGUCCUGCAGCACUCCACUUAUACGUACCCGCAGACGGCCUCCCAGCCUUCUUCCUUCCUGAGCCUCAGCAACUCCAGCCCCUCGCGCUCCAUGCUCAGCGGGUUCCGAGGAGGGGGACGGGCACAUCCCAAACGGGCCGUCGCGGUGCCGGUGGAGGCGCCCAGCGGGAUUAGCGCAGCAGCAGCUGAGGACGGGGAGGCGGUACUGGGCAGCCCCGGGUUCGAGAACGACAUCCGGGAGAGGAGUAUGAGGGGCCAGUGGUAUCCCUACAACGAACGUCUCAUCUGCAUCUACUGCGGGAAGUCCUUCAAUCAGAAGGGGAGCCUGGACCGCCACAUGCGGCUGCACAUGGGCAUCACCCCCUUUGUGUGCAAAUUCUGCGGCAAGAAGUACACGCGCAAGGACCAGCUGGAGUAUCACAUCCGGGGCCACACGGACAACAAACCUUUCCACUGUGAAAUCUGUGGCAAGUGCUUCCCCUUCCAGGGCACCCUCAACCAGCACCUGCGAAAAAAGCACAUGGGCGGGGCCGAGGUGCGCAACCACAUGGAGUCCCCCGAGCCAACAGAGGGGGCUGGCGAGCAGAAAGAAGAGGAGGAGCCCCCAGCCUCUGAAAGCAGCGUGGAAUACAGCGCCCACUUUGGCGAGGAAGCUCCAGUCAAUGACGACAACGAUGACGAUGGCAUGAAAAGCAGCCCUGACGAAGCUCAGGCAUCAAGAUGUGAUUUUUAGUGUUUAAAUUUUUUUUAUAUGUAUUAUUAUUGUUUUGUUAUGUUUGGAUGUCGUUUUACAGUUUCUCCAUUUCAUACCGUUUCGUAAGUCAAUGCAAAAAAAAUGUGUUUUUAGAAACGAUGCACAACUGCAAAAAAAAAAAAAAAAAGGUUAUGCAUCUGGUUUCUAAGUGGCGGCACGCUUGUUCGCACGCUAUGUAAACGAUCGCUGUAGGUUGAGAGUAUUGAGUUAGGGGAGAGAAAGGGUUUGUUUUAUAGCUCGAAGGCAAAAGAAAUGGUUAAGAUCAGGUCCAAUAGAAAUGGUUGCAUUCUUUUUUGUAGGAUUUUUUUUUUCUUCUAUAGAUUCAACUAAGAUAGGCAUGUUGCAUUAUAUUUACUAAUGUGAAAGCUUAGCUCGUGAUUCGGUGAACAAGAUCAACUUUCAGUUGAAAACCAUGUAGCGUUGAACACAUUUCAGAACCGGGUGAAUUUAAUACUCUUGACGCGACCCUGCGUAACAUUUAUCACACCACUGCUAGUUGAAAGUGUCACCGGACACAGCAGAGGUUCAGAAUGUGCUAAACGCUCUGUUCAAUUACAUAUAGCAAGGCAGUAUGCAGAGAAUCCGGUAUUAUCAGAUGUUCUCAUGGUGUAGGUCUAGCAGUAGGUCUUAAUCUUUUUUUUCUAACCAAAUGGUAACCAAAUACAGAAAAAGUAUCUGUGCUCCUGGAAUGGUUAAAAUAGCACUUAAGAAGAAUAAGGAUUGGUACCGCUGCUUUGCCAGUUAACAUUUGUACUAUUAUUUUUUUAUUAUUAUUAUUAUUUUUUUUUUAUUUAAACCAAACAAGUUUUAACUUUUAUCUGAGCAUUGAAACAUACCAAAAGGUGCACACCGCUGGGGGUGAUUUACUUUGUAGCAAUUCAGAGGUCCUUGGUUGCAGAUGUAACUGUUUUGCUUGGGGGGGGGGGGGAAUGUACAUUGUUACCAUAAUUGUUGGUAAUAAUAAUAUGUUUGUUUUUUUGUAUUUAGUUUGGUGUUUAUUUUGUGUAAUCCAUAGUCGUCAUCCUAUUCUGGUUUAGAAAGGCAGUGUGCGAAUGCAUUAGGGGAUGGGAUGGGCUGACUGACUAUCUGCUGUCUUACAAACAGGGCGGAAUGGAUACGGAAACCAACGUGAAGUUAGAUAAACGACACUUUCUCUAAACUUUUUUUUGUAUGUGAUCCAAACCGCAAUGCACUUUUUAAAAUACAGAACUGAAACAGAUGUGACUGGGCCAUUUAAACAAUACAAAUACAGCAUAGCAAAUAUCUCAGUAUUUACAACCGGGAAUCACUAAUAUAUACAGGUAACCGUGUUACACAUUUAGUUGUAUUCAGUUUGAGAAUGCGCCAUCACUACAUACUGCAACAGAUUAAGUGAGAUAGCUAAUCGUAGUUUCCACAUCGCUACUGAAUGGGACUUAAGAAAUCUAUGAAAGGGGUAAUGUAACCUUUCCUAAUGUUAUUUUCAAUUGUAAUCCCAUCAGUUACUACAGAAGAUGCACUAGCAACUAUUAUACUGUUGUUAUACCCACAUAGGACUGGUAUAAUAGUGCUUGUAUAGCUUUCUUGUAUAAUUUUAACUAUAAUUAGCUGUCAUUUUUUAUAUAUAUAUAUCUUUUUUUUAACAGAAAAAUAACUAUUUCAUUGCUUUUUUUAAAAAUCUUUUUGUGUCUACAUUAUUUGAAAACCUGGUGCUGUUUUUUUUUUCUUUUUUUUUAUU